CUCCCAAAGUCGGCAUCUCUCGCCUCCACUCUCUAAGCCACGUGGUGCCUUGCUCCAGCGACCAAAGCCAAAGAAGAAGAUGAAGCUCCACGUGGCUGCCCUGGCGACUCUCGCCGUCGUCUGCAUCCUGGCUGCAGGGUCCGAGGCCGCGCCCAAGGCGAUGUCCGACCCGGCCGUGGUCAAGGCCCAGCUCUUCCCCGACGCCUUCUGGGAGAGCUUCAAGAAUGUGUCCAUGGAGUUCAAGAAGAUGGUGCACGGCCUGCAGACCUCCAACAUCGGGGAGCACGCCAAGAGCCUGUACACCGACACGGUGGCCGUGCUGACCCCGUACCUCCAGAAGAUCCGCGAGAACGUCACCAAGAUGUACCAGGUGUACGUGGAGUCCAAGCAGCACUAGACUCCUCACUCGCGCACACACACAGGGGGGCACACCACACGCACAGCGGCACCACACAGACGGGGUAAACUGGGCACCGAACAUAGAGGCCUCGCGGCUGAUCGUGAAGACAGGGACAUGUGACGUGCCCUGCGGCAGCUCUCCCUACGCGGCCCCCACCCACCUGUGGAUGGGCACAGAACCAGCAGGGAUGAUGAUAAAGAUGAUAAAGACACACAGACACACACACAGCCCCGCAGACUCGCCACACGCGGAGAGACCCACAGACUCCCAGACACCCACAGACACCUCCCACAGACACCACCCACAGACUCCCACAGACACCACCCACAGACACCACCCACAGACUCCCACAGACACCCAGAGACUCCCACAAACACCACCCACAGAUUCCCACAAACACCCACAGACACCACCCACAGACUCCCACAAACACCACCCACAGGCUCGCCACACGCGGCGGAGAGACCCACAGGUUCGGGCCGCAAGACGCCGGGCCGUAUCCGUGGCGCUUUGCUUCCAUACAAGUCUCACGGCGAUCUCAAAUCGACCACCACCCACGCUGCAUCUCCACUUUCCACCGUCCCGAAGCACCCCAGCGGCAGCUGUCCCUACGCAGCCGCCGGCUGCGGUCGGGGGCCUAUCUCUCUUCUCUACCGCACUCGGAGCAGCGGCGGCGACGAUCGCCGUCCCACGCUGCACGCCCACGAAUUGUUGGGGGGGGGGGAGGAGGAGGUGACUCGUUUGGUUUUAUUCAGAAGGUGGGAAUGUCGUGAAUGUUAAUUGAAAAUGAUACGACCCAAAUAAACGCGUUGUGUGACGA